AUGGCACAUCCACGAUCGCUCCGAGCUCCUCUGAGUAGACUCACCAUCUCCUCCAUAGUCUACUCAACGUCCAGCCUCCCCAGAUUCAGCGCAAUAUCGUACCAGACAAUACGGAGUGCGUCCGAAUUCACCAAGAAGAAGAAGAAGAAAUCCAAUGAAUAUAAACAACAUGAUUUGAGGAAAGCCGAUCAAUUCUGUCUGCUCGAUGCUAUGCAUUAUAUCCGCGCUUUCGAAGUCGGCCAGGUCCACGCGGGUUCGAAAUAUGAAGUGCAUGUCCGACUGGCGACGCUGAGAAAUGCGCCCGCGAUUCGAACUCGUCUACGGCUUCCGCAUAGGGUCAAGCUAGAUGCUCGAUUCGCCGUCCUCGCUGCUCCAGACUCGACGGCCGCCGCUGAGGCUCGCGCGGAGGGCAUCACGCUCGUUGGGGAAGACGAGAUCCUUGAUCAGGUCAAGGAGGGCAAGAUAGAGUUUGAUCGCUUGCUUUGUCAUAUCGACAGUCUGCCCAAGCUGAAUAAGUCGGGGGCGGCGCGGAUUUUGGGUCCCAAGGGAUUGAUGCCGAAUACGAAGACGGGGACGUUGGUCACGCGCAUGGGACCUACGUUGCGGACCAUGUUUGGUACGAGUGAAUACAGGGAGAAGGAUGCAGUGGUUAGGUUGGCGGUUGGGCAGCUGGAGUUUUCGCCUGAGAUGCUGAAGACGAAUAUCAAGGUGUUUAUCGACUCAUUGAAGAGGGACAUUGCGAAUUUAAAGGGCAAGGUGAGCAAGGAUAUUUACGAGGUGGUUCUCAGCUCCACACAUGGACCGGGAUUCUCACUCAAUGGAGAGUUCCGAGGCCCUGAGUCACUACCACCAAGUCACUUGUCGGGACCGUUGUAG